UGGGGGCACUGACAGAAAAAGGGCAGCCAACGGGCGCGUGCGGCGCGAGGCGGCCCUUAGGGCGCCGAAUGACCUGGCCGGCGAGAGUGGCCCUCUGAAGGCCGUUGGAAAGCUCCGGGGGACCAACUGCCCCUGGCGCUUCCUUGGCCCCUCCUCUCCCCCCCAGCGCCCGUGACUCUGGGAAAGUGCGGGGGGGGUUUCCCCGAAGUGGCUACCGUUCCUCGCAGGAGACCGUUCGCGCCCCCCCUGCCGUUUCUGAGGGGUCUAGUCCCUGAACCCUGGAUCGUUUGAAAGGGCUCGGGGCUGAGGGCAGAGGAAGGGCGACGAAUGCUAUCCUGCCACCACCUCCAGCUCUUAACGAGGCGGCCCCUUUUGCCCCGAGCGUUUGCCGCGUUGCUGGGACUAUAAAAGGAUAAACAAGUUGGAGGCGCCGCCGCCGCUUCCUUGCUCUGUUUUUGGCUGCCAGUUGGCUUGGUGUUGAGGAGGUGCCAAAGAGGAAGAGAUCAAACGAGCCACCCAACGACAAAGAGGCGGAGAGCACCCGACUCUCCCCUGCACAAGACCUGUUUUCAACGGAGGAUCAACUGUACAUUUCCAGACCAGCUUUGUUUUGACCUAGUUCCAUUUGGGGUGGCUGAUAUGGAUUACUUUCAUCUAGAUUCUCUUGCAAAGCAGUAUUGAGCCAGACUGGAUUGGAUCUUCUAUGUGGAAACAUCAGACAAGCACCUACCAAUGUACUCUCAAAAUUAAUUGAAUUGUUAAAAGACAAUCAUCAUGGGAGGAGCUGUGAGUGCAGGCGAAGAUAAUGAUGAUUUGAUUGAUAACUUGAAAGAAGCACAAUAUAUUCGCACUGAGCGAGUAGAACAAGCCUUCAGAGCUAUUGAUCGUGGCAAUUACUAUCUGGAAGGCUAUAGAGACAAUGCAUAUAAAGAUUUGGCUUGGAAGCAUGGAAAUAUACAUUUAUCAGCACCAUGCAUUUAUUCUGAAGUCAUGGAAGCAUUAAAGCUUCAGCCUGGAUUGUCUUUUCUUAAUCUGGGUAGUGGAACCGGAUAUUUAAGUACAAUGGUGGGAUUAAUAUUAGGCCCUUUUGGAAUAAAUCAUGGAAUAGAACUUCAUCCUGAUGUGGUGGAAUAUGCUAAGGAAAAACUGGAGAGCUUCAUAAAAUACAGUGAUAGUUUUGAUAGAAAGAAUACUCUGAGGAAUAGAAGAAAGAGCUGCAACCAAGACAAUGGUCAGAUAAAAGAAAUUUGAGUCUGGACCAGAUCUAUAACCCAAGUAAGCGUCUCAGACAAGAGCCUCCCUAAU